UAUUCAGGAUGGAACAUGAGGCUACUCAGCUGGAAAAUCAGCAUGUACAUAGUGUGUAUGAAAGCACAGCCUCCUAUUUUAAUGACCUGCAGAGCAAAGCAUGGCCUCGUGUUCGUCAGUUUCUGUUGGAGCAGAAGCCUGGCAGUCUCAUUGCUGAUAUAGGAUGUGGGACUGGAAAGUAUCUCAAUAUCAACAGUCAGGUGUUUAAUCUGGGCUGUGAUUACUGCGAACCUUUGAUAAAUAUUGCAAGGAAGAAAGGCUGUGAAGUCUCGGUAUGUGACAACCUUAAUCUUCCCCUUAGGGAUCAGUGCUUCAAUGCAAUCAUCUCCAUCGGAGUGAUUCACCAUUUCUCAACUAAACAAAGAAGAAUCAAAGCAAUAAAAGAAAUGGCAAGGGUGUUGAUACCUGGAGGUCAGAUCAUGAUUUAUGUUUGGGCUAUGGAACAAAAAAAUCGUCGCUUUGAAAAACAAGAUGUAUUUGUUCCAUGGAAUAGGGACUUGUGCUCCCGGCUUCUUUCAGAAUCAAAUCAGUUUGGACAUAAGAGUGAUCUUGAACAUACUGUAAAAAAACACCCACAGCAACUAGUAGGCUCUGAAUGCAGCUACCCAAUUAAUCUUAAACAGGAACUUGAUACAAAAACUUCCCACAGUACAGACCAUUGCUUACCCAAAACCUGCUGCAUGAAAAUGUCUGAAGAAGAAAAUCGAUUCUACGGAGCUCUAGGGAAAUCUUUUCGUUCAUGGUUUUUCUCCAGAUCCCUUGAUGAAUCAACCUUAAGAAAGAAAACUGAGAAGGUGAAAUCUCUGAAGAAUGUAGGAGGAUGGGCAAACAGUACCAUAUCCAUUCAACCGUCAAGACACUGCAGUUUAGACUUAGGUCACUGUGGGCCAUUAUUAAAAGAGCAAAGUUUAGAUGAUGAUGAAGUGUUUAUGGAAAAUGCGACUGUCAAAAGACCACAGUGGAUGAUAGCCUCAGGUGUAAUAAGGGAUUUAAAUGAAGAACACUAUGGGGUAGUUCAGAGCAAGAAUGAAGAAACAUCAUUUCUGAGUGGUCCUGUGGAAGACGGGGACAACAACUGUACUUAUAGUAGAGAUGAAGAUGGCAAGUCUACCACUAGCAAACUCUUUCAAAGAACUUCAACAACUGACUCCACUGAUUCUAUUUUGGAUGAAGCAAUGGCUGUUGAGGACCAGGUUGUUGGCAUAUUGGAUACAAAAGCCUUCAUGCGUUAUUAUCAUGUUUUUCGGGAAGGAGAGCUAUGUUGUUUACUGGAGGAGAAUGUGCCUGAGCUUCAUAUUAUUAGUUCUUGCUAUGAUCAUGGAAACUGGUGCAUUAUUGCAGAGAAAAUAGCAAAAUAACUGCAAACUCAGCAAAUAAAACAAAACUUUGAAAAUUGAAAACUUUGAACACUGCUCCUUGAAGGUGUUCUGUGGUGGUGUUGUAAUUUUGCAAUAUAAAAUGGAAUUUGAGUCUCAUGUAGUUGUGUUCCAUCCAUUUCUGAUUUCAUUUUGUAUGUAUCUAUAAAUACUGUGUAUAAGAAUGUAAAAGGCAAACAACAAUACUUACGUUUUGUCAAAGAUAGGCUUUUAAGAGUUUUAUAUUGCUUUUAGCAAACGAUUCAGUUUUUAAAUGUACUUUUGUAUUGAAAAAUAAACAAAACAUUUUUGUAAGAUAAGGAUCAGGGCAUCUUUUAUGAGAAAUAUUUGCUCAAUGUAAACGUAAAGCUUGGUAAUGCAAACACUUAAGCAUGCGUGUUAAUUUUACUCAGUAGGGUCCUGAUUCAGCAGUCCAUGCUUCUUCAGCAAAUAACUUAAGGACAUGCUUAACUUUAAACAUGUGCCUAAGUUCCAAUUUGGAUACAUGCUUUAAGUUAAGCACAUGUUUAAAUACUUUGAUGAAUUGUGGUCUUCAAGAUGGGCUACUCAUAGGCAUAAAUGUUUGCAUGAUCAAGCCGUGAAUAUUCUGUGCUUUGUGCUUAGCAUUCUGAAGCAAAUGGGACAGCUGCAUUUGUUCAAGAUUUUGGUUUGUUUUUUUUAACAAUCUAGUUCAGGAGUUCUCAAACUUCAUUGCACCAUGACCGCCUUCUGACAACAAAAAUUACUACAUGACCCCAGGAGGGCGGACCGAAGCCUGAGCUCGCCCGAUCCCUUUCACCCUGGGUUUGGGGGCCAAAGCCUCACUGCCAUGGGGUGGGAGGGAGGGAAGUCAAAGCCCAAGGGCAGCAGCCACAGGCAGGGGGCCUGUAAUCUCAGCACCACUGAUCAAGGCUGAAGCCUUCAGGCUUUGGCCCCAGACAGUGGGGCUCGGGCUUUGGCUUCAGCCCCUGGCUCCAGCAAGUCUAAGGCAGCCCUUGUGACCCUGUUAAAACUGGGUCAUUACCCACAGUUUGAGAACCGCUGAUCUAGUUUAUGCCUCAGAGCUAACGGGUUGAGACUGAGUCUUCUGUAUUCUCUACCACAAAUACAUUAAUUUAUUUUCUAAAGUUUUAAAAAUUUUGCUUAUCUGUAAAUACUGUUCACUGAGACUAAUUUUAAUAACUGUUAUUUACAAAGAGUACAGAAAAUCAAAUGGAUUUGAGGUGUGCAUAUUUUUGAGAUAAACAUGGAAGCACUAUGUAAAACUAGUAUAAUUCUAGUGCAUCUCUGCUUAGUUUAAAAGACAGAUUUAUCUAUAGUAUUGGAUCAGCUUAUAUACAUAAUGACAAUAUAUACUUUCUUAAAGAUAUCCUAAGAAAUGUAGAAGAUAUGAGUCAAGUAUGUGAAUAAAACAUUAUGAAUCAAAUAGAAAAAUCCUUAAAAUACGUCUUCCAUAUUUUAAAUAGGACAUUAAAAGGUCCCUGAUGCCUCUAAAGAACCAUUUUUCAAAGGACCAGAGGAUAACUCUGAUGUCUUGGGCAGAUUUCCCUCUUUUAGGUCUGAUCUACACUUAAAACUUAGGUCAACCUAGCUAUAUUGCUCAGGGUUGUGAAACAUUUCAUGCCCAGUGCAAUUGCAGUGAAGUCAACCCAACCCCCACUGUAAACGCAGCUAGUGGAAGAAUUAUUCCACAACCCUAGCUAGCACAGCUCAAGGGAUUGGAUUUACAAUAGUGAUAGAAAAAUCUCUUCUGUCACUGUAGUGUCUAUAUUACAGCGGCAUAGCUGCAGCACUGUGGCUUUGCCACUAUGGUGCUUGUAGUAGAGAUGUACCCUCAGUAAAAUACUACCUACACUCUGUGGUAAAUUUUCUUGCUGAGCACAGCAUCCAAUCACACUCACAUUAUACUAGAUUAGCCCAUUGUUAUAGUGAGCAGUACUUUACUCCUUAAGUAAUGUGAUUGAUUUCGCUGGGACUACUUAUGGAGUAAGGUGCUACUUAGCAGGGGUAGGGGUAUCAGAAUCUGACUUUGAGGCACUGAAUUCAGCACCAAAACUGUAAUUGACAUCAGUGGGAGCAGGACUGAGCCAUAAUGAUGGCUCUGUUUGCAUAUGUCAUCACUGUGGGUUUAGGACCAAAUUCUACAUUUGGUCAGUGAAGUUACUCUAGGCCACAUCCUCAGCUGGUGUAAAAUGGCAUAGUUCCAUUGGCUUCAUUGACUGUCCCUCUGUAUUUGCAGCAGUUUAACUGAAUGUUAUAAUUUGACUUUGGUAAUUAAGAUGUCUGACUAAUUACUCAGUAAAGAACUUGAGAUACUGCAUAUCAGAGAAGUUUUAACAAGAGCAAAACUACUGUAAAGCUUUUGAAAUGUUACCCAUUCUACAAUAUGUAAAUUCAUAGCUUUUAGCUUGUUCAAUCACAGACCCUGAUGGAAAUAAAAGUGUAAAUGUUUUAUAUGUAACUGCCUCAGAUAUAAAGUUUAAUAAUAUAUUAUAUAUAUUCUUUUGCUAAAAUUUAUCUAAAUAGACUGACCUCCAUGGUUUUUCUUAUUGUACAGUUUCUGUUCAUUGACAUUUUCACCCUUGCUCUCUCUCUAGCCCAAUGAUUUUUUAAGUAUUUCUCCACAGUGGAACAGUCAUUGGGCUGGAG